AUGUGCAGAUUUCUCAUAUUCAAGGGUAAAGAGCCACUACGUCUCUCACAUCUCUUAACAAGACCUGCACACUCAAUCAUCAACCAGUCCUUUGAUAGUAGACUAAGGUUAGAUAGGAGGAGGCCUGUUAAUGGUGAUGGAUUUGGUGUAGCAUACUAUCCACAAGAUAAAGAAUUAAACGAUGACGGUCCCUGCUUAUUCAGAGCUAUUACGCCUGCAUGGAAUAACCAAAAUUUGGAAACGUUAGCAGAAAAGACAAAAUCUGAACUUGUAUUUGCUCAUGUGAGGGCAUCAACUUAUGGUAUACUGUCAGAAACUAAUUGCCACCCAUUUACUUACCACUCGUUGUGCUUCAUGCAUAACGGUGGUAUUUCAAACUUUGCCAAGAUUAAAAGAACUCUUUUGAACCACAUUGAUGAUGAAUAUUUAAAUUUCCUCAAAGGCAGUACAGAUUCUGAAUGUGCAUUUGCCCUAUUUUUGGAUACUCUAAGGAAAUUAGGAUAUGACCCUGCUAAGGAAGAAGGAAAUUUUGGACAUGCGGCACUUCGAGAGGCAAUGUUAAGGACAAUUGAAAUGAUAAAGAAUUGGACUAAAGAAGUUGGCAAAGACCUAGAACAAGUGGAACCGUCUUUAUUAAAUUUCGCAGUUACAGACGGAUCCUCAGUCGUAGUAAGUCGCUACAUUACAUCCAAGACAGACGAGGCGGCAUCUCUGCAUUUUAGCUGUGGAUCAAGAUUUGUUGAAUCGUCACCAGGUGAAUACAGGGUAGAAAGAUUAGACCGGAAUCAAGAUGUGAUUAUGGUUGCAUCUGAACCUUUGACUUUUGAAAGAGGUGACUGGACGGCGGUACCAACGAAUAGCAUAUUGACGAUAAAAAACCAGACGAUUCUAUUACACCCAAUAAUCGAUGAGUACUACCAAGAAGAUCCACUCUAUUUGAGAAACUCUGCUCUGGCAGAAAGUAAAGGACUGAUGGGAUCGGUGCCCUUGGCAAACGCGGUGGAAAAAGAUGUGCCCCCCUUGGAAAGAGAGGGAAGAUCAAGACCAAUGUCAGCCGCGGCCCAUCUGGCAUAA